CUAGCCAGAGACCUAUUAAAUCUAGUGCAAGCCUCCAGUCCAUCUGGGAUAGGUCUGUGCUUAGCCAGGAAGGCAGGACUGAGACCCACUGCGCUGUGUUCCUGAGGCUCACCGGUUCCCCACGGGGAAUUAUUCCUGUCACUCAGGCCUCACCAGCCAAUCAGGAUCUCCACAAGACCCGUCAGUCAGAUGGGAGGGUUCUUCCGUUCGCCGGACUUCUGGCUCAGCCCCUCCCACUGCGGAAGUCGGAAGCUACUCGGUUGCGCUGUGCCGUGGGCUUUGCUGUGGAGAGAGCGUGUGAGCUUGACCGCCUGGCCAUCAUGAGCGAGGGGCUGCUGCCCACAGAUGCGGAGGAGGAGUGGCCGGCCAUGGGAUCUCCUCUGAUGCACCUGCAGGAAGCUGUGAGGGAGACCACAGUCAAUGUCUUGAAUGCACUGACCUAUGAAGAUGUACAUAUACAUUUCACUUGGGAUGAGUGGACUUUGCUGGAUCCUUCCCAAAAGAAUCUCUACAAAGAAGUGAUGCUGGAUACAUACAGAAACCUCACUGAUAUAGCCUAUGAUUGGGAAGACAAUAACAUUGAAGAACCUCAUCAGAUUUCUACACAACAUGGAAGGCAUGAAAACAUUCAUACUAAUGAAGAAUCCUCUCAGUAUAUUCAGUGUGACAAAUCCUUUGCAUGCCACGGCUGUCUGCAAAUGCAGAAAAGAACACAUACUGCAGAGGAAACUUUUGAAUAUCCUCAAUGUGAUGAAGUCUUUGCAAAUUGCAGUUAUCUUCAAGUACAUGAAAGAACACAUACUGGAGAGGAGCCUUACAAAUGUAAUCAAUGUGAUGAAGGAUUAGCAAACCACAGUAGUCUUCAACACCAUAAAAGGUCACAUACUGGAGGGAAAACCUACAAAUGGGAUCAAAGUGGGAAAGCCUUUGCAUCUCAUAAUAGUCUUCAAGACCAUAAAAGAACACAUAUUUGCAAGAAGCCCUAUGAAUGUAAUAAAUGUGGUAAAGCCUUUCCAUAUUACAGUCAACUGCAAAGACAUGAAAGAACACAUACUGGAGAGAGACCAUACAAGUGUAAUCAAUGUGAUAAAGCCUUUGCAGUGCACAGGUAUCUUCAACACCAUCAAAGAAUACAUACUGGAGAGAAACCCUACAAAUGUAAUCAAUGUGAUAAAGCCUUUGCAGUGCGCAGUUCUCUGCGAAAACAUAAAAGAACACACAGUGGAGAGAAACCUUAUCAAUGCAGUCAUUGUGGUAAAACCUUUGCACAUUCUGGUUCUCUCCAAGCUCAUGAAAGAACACAUACUGGAGAGAAACCAUACAAAUGUGAUCAAUGUGAUAAAGGUUUUGCACACUCCGUUAGUCUUCAAAAGCAUAAAAGAACACAUACUGGAGAGAAACCCUACAAUUGUAAUCACUGUGAUAAAGCCUUUGCACACCUGGGUAAUCUCCAAGCACAUGAAAGAACACAUACUGGAGAGAGACCAUUCAAGUGUAAUCAAUGUGAUAAAGCCUUUACACAGCACGGUUGUCUUCAAUACCAUCAAAGAACACAUACUGGAGAGAAACCCUACGAAUGUAAUCAAUGUGAUAAAGCCUUUAUACUGCACAGUGCUCUGCGAAUGCAUAAAAGAACACACAGUGGAGAGAAACCUUAUGAAUGCAGUCAGUGUGGUAAAACCUUUGCACAGUCCAGUGCUCUGCGAAUACAUAAAAAAACACACAGUGCAGAGAAACCUUAUGAAUGUAGUCAGUGUGGUAAAACCUUUGUAUAUUGUGGUUCUCUCCGAACUCAUGAAAGAACACAUACUGGAGAGAAACCAUACAAAUGUGAUCAAUGUGAUAAAGAUUUUGCAUACCGCGUUAGUCUUCAAAAGCAUAAAAGAACACAUACUGGAGAGAAACCCUACAAAUUUAAUCAGUGUGAUAAAGCCUUUGCACAACAGAGUCAUCUCCGAGUACAUGAAAGAGUACAUACUGGAGAGAGAGACCAUACAAUUGUAAUCAAUGUGAUAAAGCCUUUAUACAACAGAGUCCUCUGAAUACAUAAAAGACAUGCUGGAUAGAAAUCUUUUGUAUGAAAACAACGUAGUAAAGCCUUUGUAUGUAGCAGUAAUCUUUGAAAUCGUGAGAAAAAACAUACUUCAGAGAAAUCCUGUAAAUGUAGUAAGCAUGGUAUUGUUUUAACUUCAUGGUAGUUUUUAUACAAGAGUAUUACCUGUAGUGUUUAAUCAAUCUGUUAAAAUAUUUGUGUAUAACAAUAAUCUUUGAGGACAUAAAGCAUAGUGAAGGCAAUGUGAAUACCAUGACUUUAGUAAGAUCAUUAGCUAAUGCAAUUACAUUCAGUCAUGCAAGAUUAGUUUUUCGGGACAGAAAAAUCUGAAAAGUGUCAACAGUCUGUUUAGUCAUGAUGAUGUCAUUCUUUGUUUUGUUUGUACCUGAAAACUGAUAUGAACAAAACCAUAUGAAGUUAAAUGACAAGAUAACCUUUUUAGAUUUCUCACUUCACGUCAUUUAAAAGAAAAAACUAAAUUCUAGGUACAAUACAUUAUGGAUGCAUAUUAGUGCCUUUUCUGUUCUGGUGAUGACAAGUAAUGUCUAGGGCAGCUUAUGAAAGAUUUUAAAUUGGCUUAUGAUUGCAUCAGAUACAAGAUCACCUUGAAAGUGUCUUGACAAGUUUCAGACAUGGCAGAAAAAAGUAUGAAGCUUAGAACUCACAUGUCAACGUGCAGCACGAAGUAGAGACUGAGUAAUGGAAAUGUGUGGAUAUAAUCUCUCAAAACCAUCCUCAGUGAUGUAUUUUUUCCAGCAGAAUAGCAUUUCCUAAAUGCCCCCAAAUGAUACCACCUACUGAAGAUUGAUUUCUAUGAUGUCAAGCCUACCUGUUUGGUUCCUGUUCCAUGAUGCAAUUUGUGAUGUGGAAAAUAUUUGCCUUUGGAUGUCUCAACACACACAUUACAGGAAUGAAUGCUUACAUGAGAAAAUCAUGAGUGCAAAUUUGCUUAAUGAGUUGCUCAUUUUUAGUUUUGUGAUUUCAGUGUGUCUUUAUGUAGGUGUAUGACUGUAUAUGCAUGCCUCCUCCCAAGAGCAUGAGACCUCUUGUUGCAGGAACUAGAAGAUGUCAAACACCCGACACUGUUCCUGCGAGUGACUUUGUCUUAAGUGCUUGGCCAUGUGUAGUCCUGUAAAUAGACCCCCUAUACAACAUGUUGAUGUGAGGAUAUCGGAAAGAGUGCAUACAUGAUUUUUUUUAAAAAAGGCUGUUCAUGUAAAUGAUUUGCUAAAGAUAUUAGACAUCAUAGUUGCCUUCAGUUUCAAGGGAAAAAAUCUUGUUUCUUCUCCUUUUCAUCGCAACCUUACAGGAAGUAGUUUAUUUACCAUGUUCACCAAAGUGUAAUGUUGAAGAUAACAAUUGUGGCUGUGGUUUGUAUUUUGAAACAUUUGGAGUAGGCAUUGAAGAUUGUGCUAUUUUUGUGAAAUCCAUUUACUGAAGAUAAUUAGGCAGUUCUUAUAUUUCUCUAUGGCUUCUGUUUAUCGUCUAUUGUAGUUUCACAUGGCUGAUAGGUAUUUCUGUGCUGUAAUGUAUAGAAUGGGACGCCUGUCAUCUAGUGGUCCACUUUUUAUUUAAAUAUCAUGUAUUAUGUGAUCAGACUUUUCAAAUACGUGUGUCUGUGGAAGUGUGUUGUUGUUCAUGGUUUAGUUUUUCAUAUUUUCAUGCAUUUGCCUGAGUUGUUGUUUGUUAUCCAGCCUGCCUGGGAUGUCAGUGAUUGCACAAGGCUCAACUGAACUCCUGAAUCUCUUGUUGGGUAUCCUGAUUACAAAUCCAAGGAUGGAAGACGUACCCAUAAUGUCUGCUUUUUGUCAGAUGUUUUAACAUUAUAUGUUAAAAUACUUAAUAGAAGAGAGCAUCAUCAAAGGCCUCAUGUGUGUCUAAAUCCCCAAUUUCGCCUAUGUGGUAGAAAUGUUAUAAAAUAACAUAAUAGGCAAUCAACUCUAUCUCAUACGAUAGCUUGAUGAGCUAGGGAUAUGUGUAUAUAAUUUUGUAUUUUGUGAUUCUUCAUGUCCCCGUUACUUCUCCGCUUGGUAGUUAAACGUUAAGGAUAAUUUAAUGGCAAUGAAAUUUAUUUUAAAAAAGCAAAACAUUGUAUUGUGUGUAGUCUUGGAUCAAGCUCUGUAUUAAAGGUUGACAAACUCGAUGCCCCUAUUUGAAGGAUUAAACUCAUAUGUCAACACUGCCUGGAAUAACUUGGUUCUUUUAUUAGUGUAAUAAGGAUGCGUGACUGAGCCUGGCUAGUUAGGAUAGUUAGGACACAAGCUCUGAUCCUAACACCUGUAUUAGAAUGGUUCAAUCAAAUAAAGCCCUCCUGCCUUACUGUCUUCCAACUAUGAA